UCUUCGCAGUAGCGAACACCGAUUAGCGUUUUUUUGAUCAAAUUGCUAAAAUUGCAAAAUAAUAAAAAAUGUCUUCAUUAGGAGAUUCGGUGGGUUAUCUGCUAUUUGGCAAUCCAAUUAGCCAAGCAUUACUUUCGACUGCGUCGGGUGUGAUUAAAGGCACACAAGCGCUUUUGCCAAAGAGAUUACCGGCACCAAAUGCCACCGUUCCUGCACCGCCACCGCCACCUGUGCGUUUACCACUAUGGGAGUUAGCAGGCAGAAAUUAUAAUUUCAUACGCUUAGCUGGAUUAUGUGGCUCAAGUGCUGUUAUUAUGGGCGCAUAUGGUAAACAUGUUUUCUCCAAUGAUGCUAAUAUGGAAGAAAAAAUGGAGGCAAAGACGGUCUUUGAGACAGCGAACCGUUUCCAUUUCUUGCAUUCGUUUGCACUAUUGGCGAUGCCAUUGGUGCGGAAACCGUUACUGACCGGCUCCUUGAUGACCCUGGGCACUAUCCUAUUUAGCGGCGCUCUGUACUAUCGCGCCUGCACUGGCGACAGAACUUACGUACCGGUGGCAACUUGUGGUGGCUUUUGCCUUAUCGUAGCUUGGCUAACGCUAAUCUGUUAAGGCGGCAAUUGGUUGAUUGACGCCCGUAAUUUAUUGGCGCACGUCUUUUAACGCGUCUGCUUUAGUUUAAAAAUCAAUAUUGUUAAUGUACAGUAUCUAUCCAUUUUAUUGCGGCCCUUGUUGCAUAGAUUUUUUCUUUUUUUUU